AAUUACCGAUAAAUUGUGUUUAUUGAAAGUACUUGCACCGGGCCCUUCCCUAUUGUACACAAAAGUACUUGGCGGUAAAUUGGCGCGCGUUCUCCGCCUAUCAGCUGUGGUGGUGCGGCGUCUUGUUGUUUCUUGCGUCUGAGGUGCAUUGUGGUGGUUUUUGGUUUUAUUAGGAAGACUUUCAAUACUAUUAUAUUCGAAGACGUUUGACCACACGCUUUAACAAUGCUGGGAACGAGAACCAGAAAGGCUCGCCGUGUCCCGGCUCCGGCGUCGCCUGUCAAGUCUCCCGGCCGGAUGACACUCUCCCCGCUGCAGCUGAGUCCAAAGAAAAGGCCCCAGUCAGUGCCUCCCUCACCACUGAAACUGUCACCUGCAAAGCUCUCACCUGCCAAGAAGACAGGGUCUUCAAGCAGGAGAAAACUCGCACUCUCAGCUGCAAACACCGGAGUGCAUAAGGCAGUCAGUGAGGUCCUCAAUGUCGCAGCUCCAGAUGAGCUGCUCUGUAGAGGAAGGCAAACAAGUGACAUCAGGGAAUUUAUUGCUGAAUCUGUCUCUCAAAAGCAGGCAAGAAGCAUGUACAUUUCUGGUGCGCCUGGCACAGGUAAAACUGCUUGUCUUCAAAAAGUGCUGGCCGAUGUCGAUGAUGUGAAGAAAGUGUGGGUAAACUGCAUGUCUCUGCAGUCCACUAAUGCUAUCUACAAUCAUCUUGUAUCAAAGCUGUGUGCAAGUGGUAGGCAGACUACCAUGAAAGAAAAUGAAGCCAUUAAAGCUUUAGAGAAGAAGCUCGUCAGUGGCAGCAAAAUGAUUUUGGUUAUUCUUGAUGAAAUUGAUCAUCUAGAGGGCCGGAAUCAGGAGAUCUUGUACACCAUUUUUGGCUGGCCAAUGCUGAAGAACUCAAAACUGGUUCUGAUCGGAAUAGCGAACUCCCUAGAUCUGACUGAUCGGCUCCUGCCUCGUCUGACAGCUCACGUGAAGGUCCGGCCAACCCUGCUCCAUUUCCCUCCAUACAGCAAGCAGGACAUUGUGGAGAUCAUCUCAGCUCGGCUGGCUAAGGUGCCCAACAGUGACACAGUGGUUACCUCAGCAGCCGUCCACCUGCUGGCUGGGAAGGUGGCUGCGGUGGCCGGUGAUGCCCGCAAGGCCCUGGCUGUGUGUCGCAGGGCAGUGGAGGUGGUCGAGCGCAAGGUCAGACGUCAGCUGCUCCUAGACAUAGAUGAGAACAUUGACAUGACUGACACUCCAAAGAAGCCAACCUCUGGAGUAGUGGGACCAGCUGUGAUUCUGCAGGUGUUCAAUGAGGUGUAUGAGAAUGUUGUAGUACAGCAGUGUGAGGCCGGGGCGGACAGUUUCCCCAUCCACCAGAAGCUGGCUGUGUGCUCCCUCCUGCUGAUGCUCAAACAUGGUAAGAGCAAGGAGGCACAGAUGGGGAAGCUCCAUGAGACCUACAGCCGGGUGUGCAAGGGUCGCCACGUGGUGCCAGUGCAGCAGUCUGAGUUCUGCAGCGUCAUGGAGAUGGUGCAAGCCAGAGGCAUUGUCACCAUCAAGAGCAGCAAGGAGGCUAGGCUGAGCAAGCUGUCCCUGAUGCUGGAUGAAACUGAACUGGUCAGGGCUAUGCAGGAUAAGGAGCUGUUGGCAGCAAUCCUGAGGGACAGCUCAUCUGUUAGGAAAUGACUCAGCCUGUGUCGCUGUAGGUUUCAUGUUGUAUUGAUUGUCAGACCUUGAGACUUCAGGGAUGCUCCAAUUGUAUUGCUCUAGCAUAUGAUCUACCAAAGGUAUUUUGCAAAUGCCCCUGUUGAAUGAAUAUUGUACAGGAACCUGAAUUCAUUGAGCAGGCACAGGUAACUGUAAGAACCUGGAGUGUUUUGGUCAUGUGCUUGUUUACUUCUCAUGAGAUGCGACGUUCUCGCGUUUGUUUUGUGUGAUGUGCCGUGGCAUUCCCGUGGUGAACUGGGGCCGACCGUAAACUGCACUGCCAUUUGGGUGUUUCGACUCUGUGUUGGCUUUUUAUUUAGUGCGUUUUGCAUCUGGUUUUAUUUUAGCUCAUGACCGAUCUCGAAUUUUAUGAAUGCAUUGUCAUGUAUGCGAAUGUGCAUUGUAUAAUGCCUGCCGCCUGAUGUUUUAAUACAUGCCAACUUGGGAUUUUA